AUGAAUACUGUAACUGUAAGGGUGGAUUUCAAUGAGGAGCAGCCCCUACGAGGGGCUGAGGCUGCCUCUCCCGCGGCUGCGUGGGUGGCGAGGCCGGCGGCGCUGGCAGUGACGGGGGUGCUGGUGCUGCUGGCCGUGCUCUGCGUGGUGUCUGUCCUGGGCGGAGGGAGCGCCAGCCACGAUCCUCUCUACUAUGUGUUCACCGUGUUCUCCUUCACCUCCGUCAUCGACCUCAUCAUCUCGCUGGAGCAGGACGGCUACAUCCAGGGCUACAUGGAGUUCUACCUGACGGAGGGUGAGCCGUACCUACGCACCGCCUACGGCAUCAUGAUCUGCUACUGGGACGGUGUCAUCCAUUACCUGCUCUACCUCGCCAUGGUCGCAGCCAUUGACCAAAGGGUGGGCAUCAUGAUGAGCAUCAUCGUCUUCUUGCCGGGGAACCUGAUAGGGAAGUACAGCUCAGAGAUCCGCCCUGCCUUCCUGCUCAACCUGCCCUACCUCCUGCUCCCCAUCUGGGCCGGGCAGAGGCUCUUCCAGCAGCCCAAGCCCCUGCCCUGCUGCACAGCUGACAAGGUGGCAGAGGAGCAGCGCAAAGGCCUGCACCGGCGGCCCCUGGACCUGGGCCUGAUCCUGUUCCUGCUCACGGCUGGAGCCUUCCAGCUCUUCAGAGGGCUGGUGGUGCUGGACUGCCCGUCCGAGUCGUGCUUCAACUACAUGUACCAGUACGAGCCGUACCUGCGGGACCCCGUCGCCUACCCCAAAGUGCAGAUGCUGGUCUACACCUUCUACUUCCUCCCGUACUUCGGCCUGUGCAUCUACGGGCUGGUGUGGCCCGGCUGCACCUGGAUGCCGGACUGGGCCCUGGUGUUCGCGGGCGCCAUCGCGCAGGCCCAGUUCUCGCACGUCGGCGCCUCCCUGCACCAGCGCACGCCGUACCCGUACCGCACGCCCGAGGAGGCCUGGUGGAGCGUCCUCCUCGCCAACAGCCUGUACACGCUGGGGCCGCACCUCCUGGCCUACCGCUGCCUCUGCAGCCCCGGCUUCUUCCAGCCGCCCGUGCCCGGCCCCCUGCCCACGGACAAGAAGCGCCAGUGAGGAGGGACGCGGGCCCAGCCCCGGCAGCGAGAUGCUCCGGCGCAGCCUUCCCGGGGGCCGAGCAGCCUGGACCGGGCAGCCCGGAUGCUGCGCGGGGCCUGGUUUGGUGGAGGAGGCCAGGUUGUGAUGGGGCGGGGGCAGGGAAGGUUUUGCUUCUACCCCGCCGGAGCUGGGUCUUGCCCCAUCUGCUCCGCCCUGCCACGAGACGCCCCCUUUGCCCCUUGCCAGGCCGAGGCCCUCGCCGGCAUUCGCCACAACAGCACUGCCAACACUCCCAGCUCCCCUGCAGGAGGGACCGGCCGCCGGGCUGGCGCUGCACCUCUGCAAUGGGGCUGUGACUCGGAGGUCUCCGCAGGGUCGGGCUCGGGGGAUCCCAUGUGGGCUUCCCGCUCGGGUGCAGGCAGAAGCCCUGGGCCCUGGGCAUGCUGCGGGGGUUGGAUCUGCAGCCCCUGGUCCAGCUCGGCCUCAGGCAGACCUGGCUCCUGCCAGCCUGGCCGCAGCUGCGUCCCCAGCUCUGCAGAGCUUGCCCGUCGCAGGAGUUUCUUGGUCCAUCUCGGCUGCUGGCAAAGGCCCGUGGGCCCGGGGGGGGGCUUGUUCCCUGCACUGGGGACCCUACCGACACAAACUGUUUACAAAUAAAACUGCUUUAA